GUGGCACACCAGGCUGUGACGUGACCCUCAGAAACUUUGGUACAAUGGUGAAGGCAACAGUGACUUGUUCGAAACAACAUGUCACACUGUGGUCAAGUCAGCCAAUGCACCACGGCAAAGCCCUGGGGAACAUCCUGUUGUGCUGUGCUAUUUUGUUUUCGGGCAGCAGCCCUACCCAAGCACUCAGAAUGCUUCAGUUCAUGGGUGUUCAAAGCCUCCAAAAGACUCAGUACUUCGAGUACCAGCGGUUCUACAUGCUGCCUGCAGUAACUGAGGUGUGGCAGUCCGAGCAGGCUAUGCUGCUGGACAAGCUACGGGGCCAAGAACUUUGCAUUGCUGGUGAUGGUAGAGCGGAUUCCCCUGGCCAUUCUGCUGAUUUCGGCACAUACUCUCUCUUAGAAACUGGGAUCAACCGCAUUAUACAUGUGGAAAUAGUAAAGUCCACUGAGGUUGACUCCAGUAAUCGCAUAGAAAAGGAGGGCCUCCAAAGGUCACUAGAGUAUGUUUGCAAACAGGGAAUGACAGUGGGCAUGCUUGUCACCGACAGACACAACGAAGUGAAGUCUUUCAUGAGGAAGGCCCACCCUUCGGUGAAACAUCGGUUUCAUGUAUGGCAUGUCGCAAAGGGUAUCAGGAAGAAAAUUCAUGCCGCAUCACUGGCAAAGAAGCAUCAGGUUCUGCAGAAAUGGUGCCCCAGUAUCCUGAAUCACCUCUAUUGGUGUGCACGAACCAGCAAUGACAAUGGUGAGCUUGUCCUUGCUAAGUGGCUCACCAUUCUACCGCACGUGAUCGAUAUUCAUGAGCGUGAAGGCCUUCAUGCAAGGUGUGCACAUGGAGACAUUGGAGAGCGGCUUUGGCUUCAUGAAGGAGCAGAAACGUUCAAAAAACUGGAGGGGAUAGUCGCUGCACCUCACCUUCUCAAAGACAUCCCAUCGCUCGCUCCCAGCAAGCAAACCUUUGGGCUGGAGGCAUUUCAUGCCGUGAUAAUUCAUUUCGCCCCGAAGUCCUCAAAAUUCACGUACAGUGGGAUGGCUGCACGAACGUAUAUUGCAGCCUUGCACUUCAACCACAAUGCAGACAGGGCUGUAGCCAAAUACAUUGUGCGGUGCUCAAAAGCUCGGAAACACUGGACAUUGGCUGGUGUGAAAACAAAGGCUUCCAUAUGGUGUUCUAAUGAUCCUAACUUCCCGUCAGGCUACGUCCAGAGGCUUACCGACACCGUCCUUGACCUCUGUGUGGGGUGGCCCUCCUUCACUGUGGCAAGGCAAAAUGUGGAGGAAGCCGUUCAUGAGACCAUGAGCAGCAGAUAUGGUCCUAAGCCCCAGCUGGAAGAAGCUAGAUAA